UCAUUGACAUCAUUCAUCUAUCUAUAGCAGGAGUAGAAUUAUAACAACAAGAAAGGCCAAUAUGGCUCUUGUAUUCUUUAGUUUCUUUUUGCUAUUGCUACUUACAGAUCUAGUUCAAGGCCAAUUGCAGGAGGAUGUAAUUGUAGAGUGUUAUUCAUCUGCUGCUGAUUGUACUAGUAAUACUAAUGGAGUCAGUCUUGCAGCUAUUGACUGCUGUAAUAGAACUGGUGGAGGAUAUAUACGACACUCUUCACUAGCUGCACAGUGUGGUGCAUGUGUCAUUGUUGGUUUUGAUCAAUCACGUGUGCAUAUUGGUCCAAGUGAUGCUGAUAGAAGAUACUCAUUUACUGCUGAUGUACUCCUCAGUACUCCUGGGGCUCCUGAUGUUACUUGUCUGGAUUAUACUAUUUCACGAGAGCCAGCUGUGCUAGUUGAUGUUGUUGACUACUUAAGCUCAGAUUUUCGUGGACGAACCAAUGGUUUCCUACCAGAAAGGUUUAGCAUACGAUAUGCAUCAUACGGGAAUGGAGUUGCUCUCCAACCAACUCUCUCAUUUAAUUACACAAUUGCUGCUGAAACUGAUGCAGCUGCUGGUGAUCCACCAAUACCAUCAGGAGUUGUACUUGUAUACAGACGUCUUAGCAUUACAAUAAAGGAUAUGGACAUGAUUACUGUAGGUCUAAUAGGAUGCACAUGCUUCCUACAAUCAUUAGAAGGUAGUUAUGCUACAGCUGUCAUUAGGCGUCAAUUAAUUACGUAUGAAACUCCUUUUGAAGUCACUGUCUCACUUGAGAAGUGGACAGGCACAAUGACUGGAGAUGAAGCUGCUGUUGGAGACUUUGAUCUCUUCAACUUUACUGAGCAGCAUAGUGUUGUAUUUCAACCAGCAACAGCAAUUGAUCAACGUUUGGAGCAUGUGACUUUCUUCAUGCCACGGGAUAAUAUUGUAGAGUUACCAGAAUUGUUUAGAUGGAGACUAAGUGUUAAUGAUUCUAGAGUUAAGAUAAAUUCUGAUACUCAAUUAGUAAGACUUGACAAUGAAGAUGUUUUUAGUAUUGGGUUUAGAGACCUACGUGUUACUAUUAAAGAAGGAGAAGUUGCCCCAUUAACUAUAAAGCAGAUAGGAGAUGAGAAAGGUGGUGAAGACAUUGGAGGCUUUCCAGAGAAUCGUUUACAACCAGUUCAAUUAAGACAAAUAUCUGGGAGUGCCACAAAUGGUUAG